GGUGGUGCUCCAAACCCUCCAGGAAUGUUAGAGGGUAUGGUGCUUAUCUGCAAAACUCAGUUUGAAUGGAGCAGUCUGUAGGCUGCCCAGCAGCGCCGCUGUUAUGGCAACCAGCCCGCCUCGCCGGAGGAGCCGAUGAUGGAGCAGCGGCCAUGGCCCGAGCGGCGGCAGGAGCAGCAGCGGCGGCGGGAACCGAGGGCGGCGGCGGUGGUAGCGGCGCACGGGCCGCGGUGGCGGCGUCCGAGGAGCGGCCGUCGGGGGAGCCGGCGGAGCUGUCCCUGGAGGAGGUGCUGAAGUCGUACGAGCAGCCCAUCAACGAGGAGCAGGCCUGGGCCGUGUGCUUCCAGUGCUGCCGCGGGCUCCUGCAGCCCGGCCCCGUCGAGGAAGGCGCGCCCGAGGAGGAGGCGCGCCGCUGGGGGCCCGCCGGGCGCAUCCGCGACACCGCCGACAUCCGCCUGCACCGGGACGGCGCCGUCUCCGCCUGCGGCGAGUACGGCGUGGCCGAGCUCCCAUUGACCUUGACGCCCUCUGCUGAAGCACAGAUGGUGCAGUCUCUCGGCUUUGCGAUCUACCGAGCACUGGACUGGGGUCUGGAUGAGAAUGAGGAACGAGAGCUCAGCCCUGAACUGGAGAGGCUUAUUGACUUGAUGGCCAACAGCGAUUCAGAGGACAGUGGCUGUGCCACGGCGGACGAAGGCUAUGGCGGGCAGGAGGAGGAAGAGGAGGCUGUGGCGGAGGGCACCCUGAGGGCCGUGUGCACCUUCAACCAAGCCAUGCGGCUAUGUGCUAUGCGCCUCACCCAGCCCCAGGAAGCUGAGGCCCACUACCAGGCUGUAUGCAGAGCCCUCUUCCUGGAAACGGUUGAACUGAAGGCUUUUCUGGCCAAGAUUCGCGAUGCCAAGGAGAUGCUGACGAAGCUGAAGGAUGAGGACGAGAAGCUGAAGGACCGAUCAGCUGCAGAUCUAGACAACCUGAAGAACACAGACUGGGCUCGGCUGUGGGUCCAGCUAAUGAGGGAGCUCCGCAAUGGAGUCAAGCUCAAGAAGGUCCAGGAGAAGCAAUUCAACCCCUUGCCCACUGAGUACCAGCUGACGCCCUUCGAGAUGCUGAUGCAGGACAUCCGGGCCCGCAACUAUAAGCUCCGCAAGGUCAUGGUGGACGGCGACAUUCCUCCCAAGGUGAAGAAGGAUGCGCAUGAGCUUAUCCUUGACUUCAUAAGAUCUCGGCCGCCCCUGAGACAGGCUUCAGAACGGAGGCUGCGCCCCAUUCCUCAGAAACAGAGGACGCUCCAUGAGAAAAUCCUGGAGGAGAUCAAGCAGGAAAGGAAGCUCCGACCUGUGGCAUCACGGCACCAGAACCAGAAAGGGUUUGGCUCCCUCCCCUGCAUCCUGAAUGCCUGCUCCAGCAAUGUGACCUCAACUUCCUGCAUCAACCUCUCAGAUGUCUCCGACGCCAAUGCCCUGCCCCAGCGCCAGAGGCCUAGGGUCUUGCUGAAGGCUCCUACGCUGGCAGAGAUGGAGGAGAUGUUGACGUCGGAGGAAGAAGACUCUCCAAGCUCUGAGGCUGUACAGGAACCAGGUCCACUGAUGCCCCUGAAGCGUGACCGCUCCUUCUCGGAGCAAGACUUGGCCCAGUUUCAAAGUGAAAGCGGUGGUGGCCAGCCUGACUCAGAGUAUUUGGGACCUAGUGGGUCUGAACCGAGACCCCGCUCAGGUACCGAGAGCCCUGCAUGGACCAGCAUGGAAAAUACGGGUUCGGUUCCAGCCAGCUACCAGCAGGUUCCCUGUGGUGCCAGUCCUUUCCCCCCCAAGCAUGGCGUCCUCAGCUCUGUGGACGAGAAGUCAGAGGCUGGUUCCAGUACUGCCCCAGAUGUCAACUUGAAAUAUUUGUGGCUGCAGGAGUUCAGCCACCCUGUGGAGAGCCUGGCACUCACUGUGGAAGAGAUGAUCAAUGUGCGGCGGGUGUUGGUGAAAGCAGAGAUGGAGAAGUUCUUGCAGAGCAAGGAGCUGUACAGCAGCCUGAAGAAAGGGAAGGUCUGCUGCUGCUGCAAAACCAAGUUUGCUCUAUUUUCCUGGCCCCCGACCUGCCUGUUCUGCAAGAGGUCUGUCUGCAACUCCUGCAGUCUAAAGAUCAAGAUGCCUUCAAAGAAGCUUGCCCAUAUCCCUGUCUAUGCCCUGGGCUUUGAGACCCUGCCAGGCUCGUUGGGUACAAAGGCACCUCCAUUCCGGAGGAGGGAGGCUUUCCACUCCUUGCAGGGCACGCGCUGGCGCAGCGUGGAGGAAGAAUUCCCGUACAUCUAUGCGCAUGGCUCUGUGCUCAAGGAUGUUUGCAGCGACUGUUCCGGAUUCGUCACGGAUGUCGUCAGCUCCAGCCGCAAGAGCAUGGACAUCCUGAACACCACCCCAUGCAGGAGCCGCAAGACCCAGUCCCUUUACAUCCCUUCCAGUUAAAUGACCCACCUCUGCUGCUGGUCUCCUCCACAACUCCCCUGCCCUUUGUACCCAACCUUCACUCUUUGAUCCUCUCCAUUUCCCAGCCCCCAGCAAGGAGGACGCAGGUGCUCUCUGGCCGAGGAAGCUUCAGCUGGCUUUGUCUGGACUUGUUGCCUCCUGGCUUCCUUGCUUCUCUGUCCAGCCCACCUCCUCCUUUCCCUCCAUCCCAGCCUCCCAUGAACAUCCCCUGCCUGGCCUGCGUGCGUGCGUGUGUACAUAUAUACAUAACCUUAUAGAGACACUAUAUUUAUAUCUGUCGAUCAGCUGCUGUGGUCCAUGGGCUACGUUUGGUCUGGGAAUGCCCCUGCUUGGCAAAUGAGGACUCUGCUGAAGUCUUCCCACCCACCCACCUUUUUUGGAUUGUCAGAAAGGUGGAUUUGGGGAAGGAUAAUUCCAGAGUGUUUGGAAGCCUGGCCAUCUCCGUUGCUGCAAAUGCAACCUAGAAAUCCCAGAGGCAGCCACCCCAGAGGAUGACCUUGUUCCCUUGAGGGCUCCACCCUCUCAGUCAUACUAGCAGAAGAAGCUCUCUCUGAGAUGUCUUACCUGUGCAGCUUCUAGUCUUAUGGGAAGCAGGCCCAUUGUGCCAUGACCUGUCUGCUGCUUUCCAACAUCUUCCUCCAAGCUGUUUCUCUCCACCCCACCUUUCUCAGUGAUGUCUUGAUUAUCUGCUCCCUCCCAGCACCAAGCAGCAGGAGGUGCUUUUAAAAAUGUGUUCAGACUAUCAUUGUCUGUUUUCUAAUCCCUGUUUUCUUUGGGCUCUUUGGGUUUAGGAGGCAGGGGGUAUUUUGUCCCCAAUGACUUAAUGUGUUUCUCCCCCAAUCCCCCUUCCAUCAAUUAAUGUUUUGUUUUCUACAGCAAAUAAUAAAAUGCCUAAUUUUUGUAAUCAUUUAGACAAAGGCUGAACACUUCCCACACAAUGGGUUUUGUGUGGCUGCCAGGACUACAGUUGGGGGGUUGCAUGGCUGCUAGGGAUGAGCCAGGCACCGACAAGAGUAUCAGCUGUGUGUGGCAGGAUCCUGCUGGCAAUGUCUCCUCGUGCAGAUCAGGACUCUGGCUCUCCAAAGGCUGAUAAGAUGAGCAUGUCCCAUUCCCUCACUCCAUUCAGGAUAGCCUUGAAAAUAGAAAACAGGGGUGCACAAAGGAGCUAUCCCUGUGAGGAAAGAAUGAAAGCCCAAUCCAGCCCAUGCCAGGCCUAGGCUAGGGUGAGUCUUGCCGCUGCCCUUAAGAGAAUUUGGAGAGAGGAGAUUGGGAUAUGCAGGGCUGCCCCUGAGUCUUUCAACCAUCUUCCCUGUCAAGCCUGCUGCCAUGGUGGCCAGCACAUGUAAAUUGGCUGUGCCAUGGCAUCCUGAGUUCAUCUUCCCUUGAUAGCUCAUUUCCAAACCCUGGAAGCACCCCAAAAACAGAGGCCGUAGAUGCAAAAUCCACAGCCCUAAUAUGCCAAAUUAGCACAUCAGCACUAUACAUUUGAAGCACUAUGAUACUACUUUAAAUAUUCUUUCUUGGCUU